CUUAUAUAUAUCUAUAUAUAUAUAUAUAUAUUUUAUAUAUAUUUUAUAUGUAUAUAUAAUCUGUUUUAAAGCUAUCGAAUAUCAUCCCUUCUAUCGAAUUUUCUCUUCUUACUUUCGAACCUUCGUUGUCUUUUAAGAAAGCUGAGAACACCUUUUUCUUCAUCUACCUCAUUAUUUUCUUCAUCUUAGUAAAUCAACACUAAUUAACGUUUCAUUAAACUUUCUUCAUUCUUCGAUAGGAACUUUCAAAUUGCUAUAAUUAUCAAGAUUUUUCUAAACGUUGAUUCUUGCGAAAUUGACCAAUUUACUUUUAGAAUAAUAUAAAAAAGAGUUAUAUAAAAAGAAAAGAGAGAGAAAGAGAGAGAAAGAGAGAGAGAGAGAGAGAGAAGGAAUAAAUGAAAAAAGAAAAAGAAGAAGUGGAUGCAAAAAGAGAAUUUUGCUAGUAAAAUGUGAUCGAUCUUAUACGUAACGUGAAAAAAAAAAAAAAAAAAGAAAAUUAUGGAACAGAUUUGCAUUCGAUGGAUAAGAGAAGAAAAACGUGAGAAGAAGGAAAGAAUAUAAGGGGAAGAAAAAAGUCUACGAGACCAAUGGAUUCUCAUUCCCAAUGAAAAUGAGAUUCAGUGUUGCGUGCAUUACCGUCCGCUUCGCGUCUCCUGGCAGAAGUUUUACGGUGCUUUAAAGUUUGCGGCUUCUUCUAUCACGUCGUAUUUCGUCCGAGUUUUCAACCUCGUCGUCUCUACUACUAUUGCUACUACUACUACCAUUGCGACCAUCAGUACUAUCACCACUACUAUCCCAGUGUCACCUUUACCAAACUACUACCGACUAUUACUACUACUACUACUAUUAUUCCAGCACUCAUGCAACAUCGAAAAUUGGUCCGAAAAGUUGCGGACCGCGUUACGAAGUUAUAACGAUAAUGUUCUAUAGUGUUCGCACUUAAAUCGCUACAAUUAUGUCACGUUUAAAUCCUUGAACAGUAAAAUCCUUCGUCAUCGUUCUACGUGAAUAAGAGGCUGAAAAUAAUAUUAUACACGACUGAUAUCCAUGACGUUCAUUUACUUAAACUGCAUUUGCCCGGGGAACAAAUUUGAAACGUCUCCAUUGUGAUUUGUCGAAAGAUGUGCCACGUUAGGUGGCCGAAAUAAACGAAAGAACGGAACCAAGCAAGCAAGCAACGGAAGUGAAGCAAACAAGCAAAGAGAGGAAAAACUUUUGGCACAGCAACAAAAAUAUUGCUUUCACGUUGACGCUUGACGUUUUUCUUUUUCUUCUUCUCUUUCGUUAUUUCUCUCUCUCUCUCUCUCUCUCUCUCUUUCUUUCUUUCUUUCUUCCUUUCUUUCUCAACCACCGGUGGUGACUUGCCACCGGGCAUUGGAAUCCUUUUUUAGUAUGCCAGUGUCUCAACGAAUCUACCCCUUGUUUCGAAAUCUUUGAUGGAAGAUAUUUCGUUCAAGCCAUCUACGUGUAGAUACAUACACGUAGAUACAAGUCACCUCCUACAUCUAGAUAGAUGUGAGGAAUGAUCACGUGGGUGAUGGUCGGGUUGCUCCUGGCUGCGGAAACUUGCGGCAGAAACGUCCAAUCUGGAAACGGGAAAGAGGAGACGAAACAAAGAAACGGUUUGAAGGGAAUAGCCACGGAUGAGGAGGACAUCUAUCGUCUAACGUGCUACACUUGCGUCAACGUCAGCGACAACCAGGUAUCGACGAGUCCAUUAAACUCUCCUUUAAGAGUCCCUAAUGCCUCGAUCGUGUGCCAGCUUGGAGGCACAAUUUCGUCCAAAUCGAAGAUGUGCAACGAAUGGGCAAUAGAUACACCAUGUCCGGCGGGUGGCCGUGACUUCUGCCGAUCCCUGCACAUUUUGGAUAGCCGAGGGAACAGCGUCUUGGUGAGCAAAAGCUGUGCAAGUAGCGCAGAAUGCGGCCCAUCCUCCGUCGGUUGUAUUCCGGUCGACACGCAGCAGAUCUGCAUAAGUUGCUGCGAUCUGAGUUACUGCAACGUCGAAUCACCGACGAACGCGACGAAUGCGAUCUAUUCUCGCAAACGACGGGCCAAAUCGAAAUCAAAACGCAAACGACCCGGUAGAAACGGAGUCGAUGGUACAGACUCCAGGUUCUACGGUUCCGGAGUGUUUUGGCUCUUGGCCUCCAUCUUCUAUGCAUAUCAUUGCUGAGGAAGGAGAGAAGACAUCGCCGCAAUCAUUUAAGAAUCAAAUAGAGACUUUAAUCUAUUUGAUUAUCCCUCGUUAAAGGGGAGGAAGAUUAUUAAUGCGUAUUACGUGAAUAUCUUUUUCUUCGAAGAAAAAAAAACAAAAAAAAAAAAAAAACAAAAAAAAAGGAAAAAAAAUAUAAAAGAAAACCAAAAAAAAAAAGAACAAACAAAAAUUCAUCGUCAUCGUAAUCACCAUCGUCCUUCGACAUUGUCAUCAUUCUUUACCUCGGAUUCGCGCAAAUCAUCGCGAAAUCUUUUUCAUUUCACAGAUAUUCCGAGGGACCUUUUUGUCCGAUAAAGAAAAAAAAAAAAAAGAAACGAAGAGAAAAAAAUUGAAAAACAGAAAAAAGAAAAAUCAACAAAAAAAAAAAAAAAAAAGAAAAAGAAAGAAAUUAAAUGAGACACGCACACAUACACGCAAACUCCUCGUGUACGUACACAUAUCCCAAUAUCGCGAUUUUUUCGUGCGCGACGGUCCAUCGCGAAUGCGACCUUGAGCUCGCUCGAUGUGUUCACAUCAUCCCUAAUAUUAUAUUAUACACAUUAAUAUAUUAUAUUAUGUAUAUACGUAUGCUAUUCGACGAAUGUAUAUAUAUAUAUAUAUAUAUAUAUAUAUAUAUAUAUAUAUACAUAUAUAAAAGCUCCUAAACGAUUCUCUACGAUCACGAUAUAUCUCAUAUGCUUCGAUAUAUAUCGUAAGGUCCAAUUUUUCUGUGCUUCGUCUUUUUUCCUCUUUUUUCAGGAGAACACGCAUAUAUACACGUAUAUAUACAGAAACAUGUACACGUUAUUCCCGACGAAAGACUUUUUUUCCCGAGUGAAUGAAGAAUGUCGAUUUUUUCGCGUGGAAAUUAUGUGAACGACGAUCUAUCUAUGUUCCACCGAUAAUCGAGCAUGUAUACAAUAAAGAAGCCUGCUCUGGCUAUCCUUAGUUUUCUACUUUGCCCGUGAAAAGAAUGUGAAAAAGGGAAAAAAGGAGGAAGAGAGAGAGAGAGAGAGAGAGAGAGAGAGAGAGGAAGAUGGUGAUAAAAAAUGAAAAUAAAAAGAAGAGGCAGAAAAAAGUUCAUGGAAUGCGCGAAGGAACAAAAAUUUCUGAAUAUUUCGCGAAAUUAUCGAGGAUAAUAAAAAAAAAUACAAAAAAAAAAAAAAAUGCAACUCGUUUAGAAUUAAUCAAAACUUGAUUAAAGAUAUAUAUAUAUAUAUACAUAUAUAUAUAUAUACAUAUAUAUAUAUAUAUAUGUAUAUAUAUAUUGGUUAAGAAAAUUAUCACGAUUACGGUCUCGAAAGGGUCUACCGUGUCGUGAGAAACGUAGUUAAAAAUUAAAUAUUCGGCACCGAAAUCGUGUGUCGCGGUGAUGAAAAAAGGAAUUGUUUCAUUCUCAUAGUAUCGUAGUUGUCAUGCCUUGUUAGAAGGAGAUAAGAUAUAGUUAAUGAAAGAGAAAGACAGAAAAGAGAAAAAGAAAAAAAAACACACACACACACACACACACAAUGCCAACAAAAUAUACCUACAAUUAAAAUAAAACUAAAAGAGAAGAGACAGAGAAAAAUCACAACAUUAAACGCUGGCGUAUGCUAUAUUCUUUUUCACGCAUGUAUACACCCACACGCGUGCGUGCGCACGCGCGCGCACACACACACACACACACACAUAUAUAUAUAUAUAUACAGAAAUUAGGACGAUUAAAAAAUUAAAAGAAUUUUUUUCUCGAUAGCUCCAAUCUCUACGAAAGAAAAAGAAAAAAAACCGAUGAAAAAAAGAAAGAACGAGAGAGAGAGAGAGAGAGAGAGAGAGAGAAAGAAAGGGACAGAGAGAGAAAGAGAGAGAGAGAGAGAGAAAGAGAGAGAGCGAAGAAUCAGAACGUUAAUUUUCGUGAGCACAACAAAAAAAAUACGUUCCUUUCUUGUCGCAAGAACCAUUAAGUGCUGAUUAUCUCGUCCGUUCUCUUGCAAAUGAUAAAAUUAAAAUUCACGGUAGCACGUGGAGAAUGGAAAGUUUUCUACCUACCUAGCUAUCUCCCUUCCUCCAACUCUUAUUCCUCAUCUCAUUCCCCCCAUCCGCUUUGCCAGCCUCGCCUUGCCAGUCUCAACCCUCAUUCCCAGCACUCAGGCAAUUUCUUUUUUCUCCUAACACGAAAAGAUUAUCCUCUAACCCGUUUAAUCUGUCCUACCCAAAGGCCGUGUACCUUGUCCAUUUCUUUCUUACCAUCCCCGUAUGAAGGGGAAAAUGCAAAAAUGGAAUGUGUUCCAUGUGUCCCUACUGAGUCGUUUGAGUUUUCGCUACCUGCCAGAGAUAUAUAUAUAUAUAUA